AAGACAUUGAUUUUGCGGCCAGGAGAUAGUUGCAAACAUUAGUAGUAAGUUGCAAACAUGGCGGAACAACUUCGUUCCUGUGUUAUUUGUGGCAGUAACACACUAACUUUGCAUCUCUUGCCCAAGAAAGAAGAGAUUAGGAAGAAAUGGUUGGAAUUUAUCUUUGGAACAAGACCACCAGCUAAGUAUUGCGCAACAUUAGUUCUAUGUUCCAAUCAUUUCGACCACAGUGACUUUUCCAACUUGGGUGCCUACAGUAGUGGUUUUGCAUCGAGGUUGUUAUUAAAACCUGGAUCUGUACCGUCACAACGAUCGACCACCAGCUCACAGGCUGAUACAGACUCCAAGGUGUCAGAAAUUUGUAUCAUCCAAGGUUGCAACAGAACUGAAGAACUCCUGAGUUUCCCUAAAGACCCAUCAACUCUGCAGCAGUGGAUGGUUCUCCUUGACGGCAGACUGAAGCAUCCAGUGAAUUCUUCAAGCACAGUGUGCAGCGUCCACUUCACUCCUGACUGCUUCACGAACUGGCAGCAGAAACAGUCCGGUGUGGCUGCCAUCUUAACGCUCAAGGCUGAUGCCCUGCCAUCACUCUUUAUGGAUGAUAGGAGCAAGGGGUAUUCACCACGGACACGGAAUGUGGCUUGCCAGUUUGAUAUUGCACAGAGAUCAGUUGGAACUCAGUUGUCCAAAGGCACUCUUCUCCAUGUACGCAGCAAAGCCAUUCAGACUCCUGCAGUCACACACAUCUCCCUUGGCGAUGAUAUGGACUUCCUGUUGCACCCUCCAAAAACUUUGAAAGAAUCAGGAGAUCCAAAAAGAAGCUCUUCCUACGUACUAGGGAUGCAACAGUACACGGUGACCACGGUUCGGAAGGGCCUGAUGGCGGGUGUCGUCGUGAACGUUGCUAACCUGCUACAGCUGUUCCAGAAGUGCCUCAAAUGCUGCAGUGAUGCCUGCAGCGUUGCUACGGAACGCAAGGGACUCCUCUUCCACGUGGUACAGCAGUGCUGGGGCUGUGGCAACACCAGGAACUGGGCGAGCCAUCCUCCAGACCAGCCAGCUGACCAGCCACCCCCAAACCACACACCCCCUGACCAGCAGCUCACAGACCCUGACACUUUAGAGAUGGCAGAGGAGCCAGUGGGGAGGGCGUUCAAGGACACCUGCAUGGAGAUUACUGGGGAGGAGGUGGCGGAGGACGAAGAGGAGGAGGAGGAUGAAGAGAAGGAGGAGGAUGAAGAAGAGGAGCAGGAUGAGGAAGAUGAGAAACAACAAAAAAGAAAGAGGAAAAGAAGGGACAGUGAUGAAGAGUGGACUCCAAAUUUGACAGAGAUCUUAGAGGCAUCAGAUGAGGAGUCUGAAGGUGCUGAUGAAGAGGAGGAGCAUGUUCUCCAGGUGGAGUGGUGCUGUGACUGUGGAGAGGAGGCCAGUGCCCGCUGCCUCAAGCAGAAACACCUGCAGCUCUACUGCUGCGCUAAGUGCGGCUACAGGGACGGUGACCAGGAGCUGGACUGCACAGACGGCCAACAAACCCAACGCACCCUCAGCCCAGAGGCCCCUACUGCUGCAGACCAAGAGAGCUCUUGUGAUGUUAGCCAAGCAGCUGAGCGCGCAUGCAGCCCAGACGCCAACAGCAAUAACAAACAAACUGCUUCCAGUGAUCGUCUUGAGGAUUCAAACAGCAUUAGUAGUGAAGAGGUCAUCACUUCUGCCAGCCAGCAUGCCAUCACCAGUGGCAUCCAGGAGGCCACCAGUGAUGGAGUUAAUGAGUUAGGCAGCAGCUGUAGCGUUAGAGACCAGGGUUCUGUGGGCAGCAGUGACCACGGAGGCUCCAGAAAUGAAAGCCCAGAAGACACCAGCAGUAGAGAUCAGGACGGUAACACUGCAUCUCAAGUCGAGUCGUCUAACAGCUGCCACCUGGAAACUAGUGCAGCAAAUGAGGCGAGACGGAACCCUCCAAAAUAUGCCGUCUACUUCAAUGAUCCGUACAGCCUACAGAUCCAUAUGGAACAGUUACAUGGUGGUAAACGUGAGCUUUGUCCAGACUGUGGCAAAUUCCUCAUCAGGCGCGACGGCCGGACACCGCACGUCUGUGAUCACAAAGUGAAGCCGUUCUCGUGUCUGACUUGUGGGAAGCGCUGCAUCAACGAGGCAGGCCUCCGGCUGCACAGUCAGUUGCACACUGAGGACCGUGGGCUUUCCUGCCAAUACUGCUACGAGAAGUUCAGGUUUCAGGAAGACAAGCAGGAGCACGAGAAGACCCACCAGGGGGAGAGCCUGAAGUACCGCUGCUCUGAGUGCCCCAAGCGGUUUGCAGAUCGCUUUCGUCGUGGUGCUCACAGGAAGACUCACUGGAAACAUGGCAGGUUCUUCUGCAAAGUUUGUAACAAAGGCUUCCCUAAGCUCAUUAAACUCCAAAGGCACGAGGUGGUACAUACAGGACUGAAGCCCUUCAGCUGUGAGGUCUGUGACAUGUCCUUCAACCAACGAGGACACCUUAAGUCCCACAUGCGCCUCCACACAGGGGAGAAACCUUUCAAGUGCCAGGACUGUGGGCAGUGCUUCAACCACAACGUCAGCCUCAAGAACCACAUCCAGCGUAAACAUGGACCAGGAGCUGAGGGGGAUUGAGGAGGAGGAGGGGGGGGAUUGGGGAUGACUGGACCAAAGAAACUGGGUGACCAAAAAGAAUAGGGGCUAUUGGAUUCAACAGGGAAAAGCAAAUGGUCAGCAUCUGGUCAUUAUGUCUUUAUGAUUGUGCCUUGUGGCCACCUUCAUUUCUGUAAAGUUGUUACAUGUUUUUUUUUCCUUUAUCUUGGUUGAGUUUGGAUAACUAUGUGAAAGUAGAACUGUUGUGAGUGUUUGAACAGUACUUGAUGUAUAUUAUUUUAUUGUCCCCGUUGGGACAUUUGUUCUGAGCUUCAUCCUGCAAUUCCACAAAACAUACAUCAAGACAGAAACCUCUCCCAUACCGCACACCCACAGAUAUCACUGAUGGCACAUAUACACAUACACUAUUACUAUAAACACUAUUACUAAAAACGUAACACCCUCAUAUGCAGCAAUCAAUUAAAAAAAACAUUGCCACA